AUGUCGACGCUGCGCCAGACACGGCUCUCUGAGGGUGCCACAUUGACCGCGCACGUGCGACAGGCACAGCUCGUCUCCUCGGCCUUGGCCUUUGCGCUGCUCCGCUCAGACGGCACAGUGGCCACCUGGGGAAAUCCGAUCGAUGGGGGGGACAGCAGUUCCGUGCAAGAGCUGUUGAAGGAUGUUAAUCAAAUCCAAUCAUCGCUGCACGCUUUCGCAGCGAUACGCUCUGAUGGUAGUGUUGUGACCUGGGGGCGGAUUGGCGAUGGUGGCAACAGCAAAGGAGUCCAACCUUUGCUUCAGGAUGUGGUUGCCAUUCAGAGUUCUUCGCGGGCCUUUGCCGCCAUCAAGACGGACGGCACAGUCGUGACCUGGGGCGAUGACAUGUAUGGUGGUAACUGCCGGGCACAAAAAGAUCAGCUGAAAGAUGUGCAAGCGAUUCAUGCUUCCAGGUGGUCUUUUGGGGCCGCUUUUGCUGCCUUGCGCCAAGAUGGCCGGGUGGUGAGCUGGGGCCUUCCUCACGCUGGGGGCGACAGCAGCGCUUUGCGAGCACAGCUGACAAAUGUGAAGCAGAUCCAAGCCACUCACUUUGGCGGCUCAUUUGCUGCCUUAAAGCACGAUGGCACGGUGGUCACUUGGGGCAUCCCCCAUAGUGGUGGGGACUGCAGCAGUGUGCAGGAUGACUUGCGCAAUGUGCAGUCGAUCCAAGCCACUGAGAGCGCGUUCGCCGCUUUGCGUCACGAUGGUCAUGUGGUGACCUGGGGCAGCGAUCGCGAUGGCGCUGACAGUACGGAGGUGGCGGCACAGCUGGAAAACGUGAGACACAUUCAGGCGACCUCCAAGGCCUUCGCAGCCAUUCGAGCAGAUGGAUCCGUCGUAACUUGGGGAGAUCCGGAUUGCGGAGGUGAGAGCAGCUACGUCCAAGAUCAGUUGAUCAAUGUAGAACACAUCCAAGCCUCCGCCUUGGCGUUUGCCGCGAUCCGCCGGGAUGGCACGGUGGUCACCCGGGGAACUCCCCACGCUGGAGGCGAUAGCAGCCACGUCCAGGACCGGCUCCAGCACAUCACUGCGAUCCAAGCCUCGCGGCACUCGGCCCGAGGUUCCUUCGCGGCCCUCAGGUCGGACGGUGGGGUCGUGACCUGGGGAGAUCCGGGCUCCGGAGGGCAUAGCAAGAUGGUGCAACAUCAGCUCUUUGACGUGGAGCAAAUCCAAGCGGCGGAGCAUGCCUUCGCGGCGAUCCGCAGCGAUGGCCGUGUGGUCACCUGGGGCCACGGCGACUUCGCGCCGGAGGAGUCGCAUCAGGAGCUGCUGCAGGACGUGCAGCCGUUCACCGUUUGCAGCUUCGGCGCCGGUGCCAUCGGCGCCGACGGCGCCACCAUCACCUGGACCCACGGCGCUGGACCCUCCGCGGCAGAGCCUGGGAAGUAA